CUGAUUACAUAGUAUUAUCAGUAUACACACAACUACGGAAGUGGUUUAAUGACUUUCCUCGUACAAAUGUUAAACUUUAUAAACUUUCUAAAAGUUGAUUAGGACUGUAUUAUUUGUAUUAAGGCUUAUAUUGUGUAUUUGUGUCCUACAUUCAUAACAAAACGUUAGAAAACAAUAGUUGAUAUUAUUUUUAAUCUAGUACGUACUAAGAAAGUGGGCGUGUAUACAUCAACAAGUUUUACUGAUUAACGGACGAUACUAUGUAUUGUACUUUGUAAUGUUAUACUUAUGUCCAUGUACAAAAUGACAUUUUUAUAACCAGAAGCUAUACGUGCAAAUAGUUACAUUUUUACAGAUCUUAGAUCCCCAUGUUAAAAAAACAUGACCCAACGUUCACAGCCAAAACAACCUUCAGCAGGAGGAUCAAAAUCAAAACAGAUAAAACUGGUUCUUCUUGGAGAAUCCGGAGUUGGUAAAUCGAGUAUAGCCCUUCGCUAUGUGAGGGGAGAAUUCAACGAGAACGGCGAAGCUACUAUUGGUGCUGCAUUUUUAACAAAGACCGUCAACGUAAAAGGCCAAAGUGUUAAAUUUGACAUCUGGGAUACUGCUGGGCAAGAACGUUAUCACAGCUUAGCUCCUAUGUAUUACAGAGGGGCACCAGCAGCAAUUAUUGUGUACGACGUCACGAGUAAGUCAUCUUUUACCAGAGCACAAGCCUGGAUUAAGGAACUACUUCAGCAAGCGAAUUCACAAAUGGUGAUUUGCCUAGCAGGAAAUAAGGCUGACAUGGCGUCUGAAACCCGCACUGUUAGUAGGGAGGAAGGAAAAGAUCACGCGGAAGAACAUGGUUUAUUGUUUACAGAGACGUCAGCCAAAACUGGUUUGAAUGUAGAGGAUAUGUUUAUUAAUUUAGCUGCAAAAAUUGUUGCCACAACGAUGUCACCUGGCAACGACAUAGAAGAAAAUGUCCGAUUAGAAGAAUCAGGCAAGAAGUCGGGUGGAUGUUGUUAGUACAUACCACGUGGUACACGUGGUACAGGCAAACAUUCCUACUGUGAUAUCAACUUUGUUUUAAAAAUAUUAACCUUGCCUUGACCUUCAUUACACUUGUCACUCAUUUUGGAAAGUUGUUAUUGACUUUUUAUUAUUUCCUAACAUAAUGCGGAAUACUGACAUGUUAUGAACAAAUGGCAAUACGUACAUGUGUAUUCGUGCACUGUUACAAAAAACAGACUUCAUUAAAAUACUCUAUUUAUUUUAUUAAUUGGUCAUUUAUACAAUUUAAUAUUGGGCAGUCAUUGUUGAAAACAUUUUGUUUUAAAAAAGUCAAUUCACGAAGAAUCGGAUACUGAUUACUGAUUAAUAUUCAAUAGCAAAAAAAUAAAGUUAUUUGAUAUUUUUUUAAAGUUUGACAGAAAACAAUUGUUAAUCUUUAUAUACAGUUAUGAUUCGUUUUGAUUAUAAAAUUUCUUAGAGCUUGAAAUUGUUGAUUUAGAUACAAGAAUGUUCAGUUGAUUAAUACAAUUGUGUGAAAUUUUCUUCAAACAUUUGUUUUUAGAAAAUUAGCCAGUAUAAAUGGUUGUUGAUUAAAAAUGAAGGGGCUGGAACUAAAACGCAGUUAUUAAUUCGUAGCCUACUUACUGCCAUGUGUACUUUCAAAAAUUGUUUUUAAAAGCAUAUUGAUCAUAGAAGUUAAAUAAAUUUCAUCAUGCGUUUUGAAUAAUAAUUUCAUUUGUUUUUUUACUUGACCCGUAAUCUUAAUUAAUUUUUUAAUUAAUUUUUUUUUGCAUGCUAUGUGAAACAAAUUCUGAUUGUGUUAUAAAUAAUGUACAUAUUGUUUUUAUAAACCAUAAAUUAGAUAUGAAACCAAGAACAUAUUUAUAAACUUAAUUGUAAUAAAAUAUCAUGACGUCGUUUGCAGUUAACUUUUUACAAUGUAUAUGAUUUAGUUUGGCAUGUGACACGUCUUUUGAUUGGCCCAUAGACAUAAUCUUUUCAUUUGGCCGUGACGUCAUCAACGUCUUUUCAUAAAAAAUGGAAUCUGGAAUUUAAUGAUAAGGAAUAACUGUAAUAUUGUUUUUUUCUGUUCAUUAUCACCUAAAUAAUGUAGUGCACACUCUAAUAAUAACCAGCAUUGCACCACAUGUUUAAUGUUAUUUUGAAUGGACAUGCAACAUAUUAGUAAUUCCUUAAAUAACAUUACAUGUCUCAUUUUAAGCGAAUAUGUAUUUAAUUCCCAUUAAACCAAUAUAUUUAGA